AUGAAAACAGCCAACCUCCCACCCACAUGGGAAGUCUUCUCGACUCUUGAUUUUAAUAGGCAGCAAACCAUCUACAAGACUAUGUGUGAAUAGAUCCAAUAACAAAUGAAGCAAAUUACUGUUCUCCAGGAAAAGGUUAAACAAAAUGAAUUACUUGCCUCACAAAAGUUAGAAGACACUCAUCAUAGACUUUCUGAAGAAUAAUCGAAAUUGAAAUAAGAAAUUCAAAUUCUAUAAUCACUUUUGGAAAAGAAAGAAAAUGAAAUCAAAUUUCAAAAUGACCAAUUGGAUGAACAAACUAAUUAUAUCAAACAAUUAGAAGUUGAUGUUUAAAAGAGAUAAGAAUCAUAGAAAUAUGAUUAAUUGAUUGUUGAAUUAAAACAACAAAUAAAGGAAUAACAAUUAGCAAUUUCUUCAUAUGAGAAGUCUAUUCAAGAACUGAAAUAUACAAUUGAAGAAUAAGAGCAACAAUUGGAAGACAUUCAAAAUAAAUACAAUCAAGAAUUAGAUGAGAAAGAUUUAAAACUUGCAGAAUAUGAAAAACAAUUAGAAUUGCAAUUGGAGGACAAUUAAAAGUUGCAAUAAGGAUAUCAAUCAUUGAAUGAGAGGAUUAAUUCCAAUAAAGACUAUCAAUCAUUUUAACAGCAAUAUAAUGAGUUAUUCAAUGAGUUUUCUAUCAUCAAACAACAAUACUAGAACAAAUGCAAUAAAAUUAAAGAACAAGAACUAACUAUUGAAGAUUUAAUAGGUGAAAAUUCAAGACUUGUUAUUGAACUUUAUCACUACUAAAAAUAAUGA